GUGAGAUGUGUGCUUUAUACCAACCUACAUUCUAUCGUUCGAUCAAACAAAAAUCGGUCGCUACUCUACUUGUAAUCAUCGAUCUGGCCGAGCCGCCAGAAGGCAAGCUUCAGGAGUUGCUUGGAAUCUCUCAUACUCGGGAUCAUACGGCCCUCUGUACUUACUGAAAAGUGGCAAUGACGAAGCGCGACGUUUCCAUGAUACCAUGCUUCGGCGAACACCCGGCCGACGCGGACUCGUUUCUCUCCAUCGUGACCGGUGCCGCGGCGGCUUGCGGCGCAGUUAAUGUGGCAGGAUGGAAUCUGCUCUUACCUUCCGCCGCUGUCAUAUGGCUAUGGAGAGCUUCAGCCUUGCUCGCAACUGGCGUGCCCCCGCUCCUGGUAGCGAUGGAAUACUUGGGGAUAACCAACCGGGGGGAGGCUUGUUCGCAACUUCGAGUUCAGUCCUGAGGCCGUGCAUGUGUAUCAUCGCUCGACUCAUGUUGCUCGGGGAGAUGAUACGCACACUGUUGUUCCUACCACCUGCAGUGUUUCGGACACCGAGUUGGUUCAUUAGCAUACCGCACGUCGGAUGAUAGGGGCCGGAGGUGCGGUCAUUUCCAUUCACUGGUCAAUGAGAUAGUCCGUACUACUAAUUCUCGAAGGCAAGGUGAUGUACAUAUGGUCAGAUCGUGACUUCGUGAGCAUCCAAACAUGUACCAUCAUUGCCACGAGCUGGCAAUGAUGAUCAACCAUGACCACGUGGCCGGCGCUGCUUCCGUACUAUCCUCAAGAAUCAUGUAGGCAGCCUGCGCGUAGCGACCACAAAGCCGUGAAGUUGAGGAAGUACCACGUUAUUGUCGCACCUGGUGAUGACGUGUCAG